GUCCUUGCUAGUCACCAUCUUUGACCGUUAGCCAACCCGGCCACCUCCUUAGCUCUGCUGUACUUAGUUUUAGCUACGCUGUCAGUUGGAGUUUUGUUUCAAAACAGAAGCAGAGUUAAAGUUCUGAAAACCCAAUUUUUAAAGAAAACUACUGUUUUCAGGAUAAAGUUAAGGUUUCCCUGUACAGGGAUAGCUUUUAUGUUUUAAUGCGUGCUCUGCCUGAAUAAAACAAGUAGAGUAGAUGCAAAAGAAGUGAAAAUGGCUGAAGGUGGGAAUGACCGCUAUUUUUAUUCUCCGUACGCACAGCAAAACUACAGCAACAUCUUGUGUUUCUGGGAAACGCAGCCAUUAGGCUGUGUGAGGAUCAGUUGCGUCUUCCAUCAUAGCAAGCCUCGUAAUAUAAAUGGACUUUUUCUGCCACCUAGUAACAAUACUGUAUUUCAACAGGAAGGCCAAGGAGGAAUUCUGAAUUCAGCCCAUAGUCAAGAGUCGCUCAGAAUUCAGGAGACUUUUUUAAGACCAAUUCACCCUCCAGUGAUUGUGGACCUCAGCCAAGAAGAGGAUGACAAAGAGGAGGAUGAAGAGGAGGAUGAAGACAACAAGAAUAAUAUUUCUGAUUUGUUGGAAAAGACUGCUGAAGACAUUGAAGAGGAAAGAGCAAUAAAGGAAAUGUGCUAUAAAUCUGGAGAAUAUUAUAGGAUUCAGUACCCUCAGGAACACCAGUCAACAGAAAUGGUAUCUCCAUCUCCAUCUUUAGAAAAUGAGCAAUUACCAAUGGAAACCAUCGAGCAUGAUUUGUGGAAAGGUGACAGUAAUACAAUUCCUACAAAAUUUAAUAAUAUGGAAAGAGAGAGAGAGACUUCAGGAAGGAAAGUAUCAGUGCAGUGUAUGAGCAGAACACAUGAUAAAUCCUGUGAAAAUGAAGGAGGUGAUUAUUUUGCAGCACAGAGAAACAAAUAUGUUAAUGGGAAAAGAAGUGAGGCACUACCUUUUGAAAAACCACCAACUGCAUCAAAGUACUCAAAUAUAAAAGCAACAAACAGCUCUGAACGGGUGAGGAAAUACCACUUUAAGGGAGUUAAGAAAAAGAAAUGGAUUUCUGAGGAGCAAAGAAACUCACCUAAUACAGGAACAGACAAAGGAAUUCCCACUUCACACUCAAAAGUUAGAACAAAUUACCAACAAAAUUAUCAAAGGAAGGAUGAUGAAACUGCUUCUUCUAUUCGUUCUGUGAGACAGACUGAAAGAAACACUUACUUCAAUUCUGCAGAACCUCGAAGAUCAACUUAUGUGUUCUACCGUAAUACCAGAGUCAUACAGGAACCAACGUUUAAUGGAUAUACAGACAAAUAUUCUUCAGGAUCUUACAAUGCACCAACUUGGAGGAAAAGAAAUCCACAUGCGAAGACAUUCUCUAAGUUUAAAACAACUAUUCAGAGCCAAGCAGGAAUGGAGAUGAAGAAAAAAGGAGAAUGAUUUAUAUGCAACAGAAAGAUAUGAAGUCGAUACUUCAACUUAGAAGAAAAAAUUGAGUUAAAGAAGAAAAUCAAAUACUGCACAACUGGACACCAAAAUGAUAAAAUAAGAUGUAGGAAGUGCACUCCAAUGUUCAAAGACGAUAAAAAUGUAUAUUAAAAGUAUGUUCUGUAUGCUCACCUAUAAAGAUCUUCAGUCUGCUCACAAAAUUUAAUCUGCUUUGAAAAUUUGAUAGUUGAAAUGAUUUUUUUACAGACUUUGGCUAUAUAGUGGAAGACUGAUAGUAAAAGAUCCUUAAACAAUCUUCCCCUGUUUUGUUGGACAGAUGCUUUAAUGCAUAAUUAUUAAUAUGAAUAGAUAUUAUUAGUUGCACUUGGCAGUUUCAUAGGACUUUGAAUGUAAGCAGCAUUCUAGAAGAUCUGUGUUGCUGUGAAAGCCAGAUUCAUAGAUGAUGUAAUUGUUUGCUUGAUGUCUGGGGGCUCAGUCUGAUUUUGACCUUGAUAUUUCACCAUUUUUGCAAGAAUUAACUGAAAUAUGUUUCUACACAUACUUUAAACAAAUGUGUAAAAGAUUUGAUAAAGACAGAGACUUUGAUUGCUUUCUGAAAAACCAAACUGUUUAUAAUAAAUGACAGCUUACUGAUAUUUCCCUAGAGGACAUAAAUUUGUUUUAACAUCUUUUCUUCAUUUCAGUGAUCUUUAUUGUUGUUGUUCUGUACGAUGUAUCGGUUUGGUUUCUUACCUGUAAAUGGAGCGAAUGGGAUUUGAUCACCUUCAUUCUAUGUUUGGUUCAAUGUAUCAAACAUUUAAUGUCAAUGUGUGAAAAUAAUAUAUUGACUGCCACACCAGCAGGCAAAUGUAAGCAGGAAGUGGAGCCCAAAAGAGGAUCUUUAGAAGAUUAAGACAAAUGCACUCAAAAAGUCAAAAUAGCUUUGAAUACUGAAAAUUGCAUAACUGUGUGCCAUGUAACAGAAAGAGAUGUAUUUGCAAUAGAGUUAGGAAAAAGGGGGCCAGGCAAAGAAUUAUCUGUUUUACAUAGAAUACUGGUCGGUAGCCAAUGGAUGUGCCUAAUACUGAAUAGUUACAUAUAUAUGAAAUUAAUUCUUUGUCUCAAACUUUUUUCCUUUUUUAAUUUUUUUUUGCGUUUACAUGACCCUUGGUCAUUCUUAGAACAUACUCAGUUUUGAAGUAGAGCCCUUUGAACUUUUUUGGGGAGCACAAUGAUCCAGUGGCAGCCACAGCCGUGAAUAUAAAAGCAUUUUGUUUCCUUGCAACAUUUGCUUCAUUUUGACUGAACAUGAAAUUGUAUCAGAUGCCUUCUAGUUGAAAUCACUAUAUUGUUCUAUGAGAAAUCUCGUCUUACUUUACUGAAAAUAUCUUGCAAAAACAAGGUGGCGGUAAUGCUUUUACUUUUAUAGCUUUUAGAAAUUUAAUUUUUAAUAAUAUGAAUGUUAAAAGUGCUGUAAUUAUUGCAGUUGAGCAUUGCUUUCCUUUACUAAGAAUAGAUGUCUAUUUUAACUGAGAUACCGUAAAUGUAAAAGACAUGAAACAUCUUUUUAAAAUCAAUUACUAAGUGUACUGAAAAUGUCUCCCUCUCUCUAAUUAAACACUGGAUUUUCAAAUCGUAGCACACAGUGCCUUGCAGCAACAUUUUGUAUGUUGUCUGCCUGAGGCAUCUUAAAAUCUUGAUUUGGAGGGCUAUUCUGGCCAGAUAUUUUUUUAACACCUUGAAAAAUACUUUUAUUCUCAUUUUUUCCUGCUAUCUAAAUGUAGAACUUACCUUUAGUGAUUGUUCAAUCUCUCUGUAGUUUACAGUAUUAUAUUUAACAGGACAAUAAAAAGAGCAGGGCUUGAUUAUUGUUCUGGUCUGUUCUCUUUUUUUUUUCUUUCUUUUUUUAUUUAGUUAAAAAAGAUUUCAAUAUUUAAAUUUUGCAAUUUCAUAUUUUUUUUUCUUGUUUGGUUUUGAGAGUAGCAGAGCAAAGUUCUUACUUACACCUUAACAAUUUUAUUUUGUAGUACAGUUAAUACUGUUUGCUUGUUCAGGUGUUAAGGCUGUUGAUUUUCCUUAUUGAUAUACAAAAAGUGGAAUUUUGAGAUCUUAGUGCAAUUAGUAACAAUCUGCUUGCCAGAAACUUACUCAGAAUUACUAGAAAGAACAGAUGGGGAUAAAAUUUGAAUGUUGCCCGGUCUUCCAGCACUAGGUAAUGACUGAGUAGGCAGUGCAACAUUUUUAGACUUCCCUGGUAAAUUCAUAUUUAAUGAAACAUGUUGGGAGUACUGAAUGGUGUGGAAAAAUAUCAUUAUGGCUGACAUGAUUUGGAUUUGAAGCAGUAACAAAGUGAGCUCCCAGUCUCCAAAUUUAUGAACAGUGAAUGAGAAGUAAGUUGGUUUAUUACUGUAUGUAUUGCCAUCCAAAUAUAUAUGGUGAAAUCUGAGAAAUCAUUAUGACAUCUGAAAAUAUAAAUCUUUCACUUGAUUCACUCAGUCGUAUUUAAACCAAUAGAGCUCUGUUAAUCUGUGUAUUUAUUAUAGUUCUGAGGUAACAUAAAAGGAAAUGAGUCUUAGCCCUGUUUUCUUUUAUUGGGUGUAGAAACAACCAGCGACCAAAAAGCAAACAGGUUACAGGAGUGUAAUGGUGAGCCACCUGGAGCAGAGACUGUGCUUUAAUGUAUAGUACUGUUACUACAAUAUGUUUAAAACACUGUUUGUAUAUGUGCAAGCAUAAAAUAAAUGCACCUAAUAAAAAAGAA